AUGCUAGAUUUCAAUGAUUUUGUCACCGAUCGCGGUGGAGACCCGAACAAAAUUAAGGAGAGUCAGCGUCGUCGAUACGCCUCUGAAGAGAUAGUUGAUGAGGUCCAGAAAUUAUUCGAAGAUGCCCGUAAAUCGCGCUACGAAGCAAUGCAGCUUGGCUCUCAAUUAAACGCACUGCUGAAAGAAAUAGGAAAGAAAAAGAAGAAUAAGGAGGAUGCGACCGAUUUGCUAGAGCAGAAAGCUCAGCUUGAGAAACGCAAAAAACAAGCUGAUGACCAUGCAAUUGAGAAGGAAGCUGAACGCGACAAAAAGAUCAAGAGCAUUGGAAAUUAUGUCCAUGAGUCAGUCCCUGUGAGCAACAAUGAGGAUGAUAAUGAGCUGAUCCGGACAUGGGCACCGGAAAAUGUGGUGGUAGAAAAGCGUGACUGCUUAUCACAUCAUGAAGUGCUCACUCGUUUGGAUGGCUACGACUGGGAGCGUGCUGUCAAAAUUGUUGGUCACCGCGGAUAUUGCCUGACUGGUUAUGGGCUGUUCCUCAACCUCGCGUUGGUGAACUAUGGCUUGGAGUUUCUUUGGCGGAAAGGCUAUAAGCCAAACCAGCCACCGCAAUUCAUGCUCAGAGAUGUCAUGGCGAAAACUGCACAGCUUGAACAGUUCGAUGAGGAACUGUACAAAGUCAUUGAAAGCGAUGACAAAUCCACUGAUAAAUAUCUCAUUGCGACUUCUGAACAGCCAUUGUCUGCUUUGCAUGGAGGGGAGUGGCUUCAGGAAAAAGAUCUGCCCAUCAAAUAUGCUGGGUUUAGCACCUGUUAUCGCAAAGAGGCGGGAGCACAUGGAAAAGAUGCAUGGGGAAUCUUCCGUGUUCAUCAGUUUGAAAAGGUUGAACAAUUUGUUUUAACCAAGCCAGAAGACUCGUGGCAAGCAUUUGACGAAAUGAUCGCGACUUCAGAGGAAUUCUAUCAGUCUCUUGGGCUUCCGUACCGAAUUGUUUCCAUAGUAUCCGGUGCUUUGAACAAUGCUGCUUCUAAGAAAUACGAUCUUGAAGCUUGGUUUCCGUUCCAAGGCGAAUACAAGGAACUCGUUUCUUGUUCUAACUGCACCGAUUAUCAAUCACGAGAAUUGGAUAUACGGUACGGUGCCAAAAAGACAACAGACACAAGGAAAUCCUAUGUGCAUGCUUUGAAUGCCACUCUUUGUGCUACAGAACGGACACUCUGCUGCAUCUUGGAAAAUUACCAAACGGAAAAUGGUAUUAAUGUUCCCGAGCCUCUGCGAAAAUAUAUACCGGGUGCGCCAGAGUUUAUUCCCUAUACAAGGGAUCUACCAAAGGAUAGCACCUCCCAGAAGGUAAAGGGAAAACCAAGUGCUAAACCCGCAGCAACUCCGUCAGACGUAGCCAAGAAGAUAGAAGAUCUCAAAGUCUAG